UGUAAUUAGUAAUAAUAAUUUGAGUAAUUAAUUGGCAUGGUGUGUAUGAAGUAUGAAUUAUGAAGCAAAUAAUAAAUGAAAAAUAGGAUUAAUAUAAAAGGAGUCCGUGGAGGGAAGGAUUGUGAAAAAAAAAGAGAAAGAAUAUGGAGCGAGGGAGCAUGGAAGAGAAAGAGAUGGAGAGAAUACCGCAAAUGGUGCAAGUUCUAGAAGCUCUGAAAGAAGCCAGCCACGAAAUCCAACGCCACCACUCCCCUGAUUCUCCGGCCACAAAAGCGCUUCUGGAACUCCACACUAUUCUCUCCUCCUCCGACCCCAACCUCUCCGCGCUCUACGACCACCUCCGCCGCCUCAAAACGCUCCUCCACUCCCUCCACCACUCCACCGGCCUCCGAUCCUUCCUCACGCGCCCCCUCUCCUCCCACUCCCUCUCCCGCGUCGCCGCCUCCAUCCACUCCGAAAUCCAAGCCUGGAUCGACCGCGAAACGCUCCGCGCCCUCUCCGCUUCCCUCCGAAGCCCUAACCCUCACCAGGACGAGUUGCUGGCGCUGUUAACUCAGUUCGAGGACCGAGUCUCGCAGGGCUUCAGCCGCCAGUUGCAGGAGCUUAUUCUGAAGCACAAGCUCUUCAGCUCCCUCGAGUCGGUUCUCUUGGACGCCAAGUUCCCGAACCGGGUUCGGGAGCAAGCCGGCGUGGCAGUGGCCGCGUUGAUCCGCUUUAAUAAAGACGUGUUCGUGGGCCAGGUCUUAAUGGGCCCGACCGUUGGGGCUUUGGUUUCGAUGGGCUCGGUGAAGUCGAUCUCGGUCCUGUGCUCUCUGAUCAGGUCCAUUAGGUCGCCUCUGGUGGACGAGAUCGAGUCCAACGGGGAGAUUCCGAAGGUGAUCGCGGUGUUGGAUUCGGACGAUGUGGGGCUUCGUGUGGCGGCGCUGGAGUGCGUGCUGGAGAUAGGGUACUUCGGCCGGAAGGAGGCGGUGGAGGCCAUGAUGAAGGAGGGUUUGGUGGAGAAGCUUAUGGAGUUGCAGAGAUCGGAGAAGGGUGAGGGGAACCGUUUUGGUAGCUGUGUGGCGAGGUUCGCGGUGCAGUUGGAGGUGGGGGAGGGUUUGCGGCAGAGAGAGAAGAGGGCUUUCAAGCCUGAGAUUUUGGGGAGGGUUAGAGAGGCCUCUGUUUCUGAUGCCGAAGCUGCCACCGUUGCUGCUGAGGUUUUGUGGGGUUCUUCGCCUUGACUCUCUCUUCACACUAUUCAUUCGCCUUCUUCUUCUCUAACUAUUCAUUCUUUCUACACUCACAUGAGUGUCUGUGGGUGUUUCAUUUGAUUUCCUCUUCAAAUCAUCAUGGGAAUGCAUUUUCGGUGUUGCAUUCUGUAAAAUUGUUACAAAAGUUACUAGUUUUUAGUUAUGUGUAAAUUGGUAGCUAAAUGAAACUCUACAACGUCCCAGUAUUUCAGAUUGGAUUAAUUAUUUUUGCUGGAUUUUCAGCUAAUCAAACAUGAAAUUAAAGA